AUGUGUGAAAAUGGCAACUACACUCUUAAUGUGAUUAUGCUGGAUGACAAUUUGACAGAAUGGAACCUAGAAUCUAUUAAAAGAGCGAUAGACCUUGGGCUGUCAGUACUGAGGAAAGACCUAGAAAUGGAAGGAAAAGAUGUAACUUUAAAUGUAAACUACCAAGUGUUUACAACAGAGCUAUACUUGACAGCAGGAUGUGUAUCCAGUGGAUGCGAAGGAGUAGAGAAACUGAAGAAACUGAAAGAGAAAAAUGAAUUGGGCUGUGUCAUCCUUGGUCCAACUUGUACCUAUGCCACUUACCAGAUUCUCUCGUUGAAAGACACAUUUGGUGUACCACUAAUUUCAGCUGGAAGCUUUGGACUGUCAUGUGACUACAAGAGAUUUCUAACACGUAUUUUAAUUCCAGCCAGAAAGAUAACAUAUUUCUUUUUUAAGUUUUGGAAAUUUCAUGACCACUCAAUCAAACCUGUGUGGAAUUCUGUAUAUAUUUACAAAAGAGAGAACCAGUCAGAAUCCUGCUACUGGUACAUAAAUGCGUUAGAGCCUACCGUAUCCUACUUCACUGGCGCCCUGAGCUUCAGAGAAAUCGUGAAAGAAAAUGAUCUGAAAAAGGUCAUAGGAAACUCAAAUCGAAAAAGCAAUGUACUUCUCAUGUGCGGCUCACCCACUGAGGUUAAAAAGGUAAAAGACACAGUGGAAAUUCCUGAAGAAAUGGUUGUAAUUCUCCUUGAUAUUUUCAACCCAGAGUAUUAUGAAGACAGCAGCUUUCCGAACUACAUGAAUAAUGUGUUAGUGCUGACAUUGCCUCAGUCCAAUUUCAGUGGACUUUCUGAUAAUUAUAGCACCAAUCAACUGCUAAAAGAUGAUUAUGCUACAGGAUACCUGGAUGGGGUGCUAAUGUUUGGCCAUGUCCUGAAGAAGUUUCUCAACACUAAAGACAUCAACCAAAAAUUUACUUUCAUUUCUGAGUUUCGGAACAUGUCUAUUGAAGGUGCUUCAGGUUCUCUAAUUCUGGAUGAGAUGGGUGAUCGAGAUCUAAAUCUGACUCUAAUGUACAGCUCUAUGUCAACCAAGAAAUAUACAGAACUUCUGCAGUUUGACACUAGCAAAAAUGUAACGACUGUAAUUGACUUCCGCCCAAAUUUUAUCUGGAAGAAUCACAGACUUCCAAGUGAUGUUCCUGGGAGUGGACCUAAUGUUAUGACAAUUGCAGUCUUCACCCUCACAAUUGCUGUCAUACUUGUACUUAUCAUUGCACUUCUUGUAUUCCGAAAGUACCGCAAAGAACGUGAACUACAACAGAAAAGAUGGACCCAUAUCUCACCAGAGAACAUUUUGCAAUUAGAAACGGAUGAAACGUCUCAUGUUAGCCUGAAGAUUGAUGAGGAUAAGCGACGUGACUCAGGGCCAAGACUGAGAAGAGGGAAAUAUGACAAAAAGGUUGUUAUACUCAAAGACUUGAAGCAUGAUGGAAAUUUCACAGAAAAACAGAAAAUGGAGCUAAACAAACUUCUUCAAAUAGAUUACUACAACCUAACAAAAUUCUAUGGAACAGUGAAGAUGGAUGCUAUGAUAUAUGCUGUGAUUGAGUACUGUGAAAGAGGCUCGCUUCGAGAUGUUCUCCAUGAUAAAAUAUCCUAUCCGGAUGGUACUUUCAUGGAUUGGGAAUUUAAAAUUUCUGUCAUGUAUGAUAUUGCUAAGGGUAUGUCCUAUCUACAUUCCAGUAAAACCGAGGUCCAUGGCCACCUGAAGUCAACAAACUGUGUUGUAGACUGUCGGAUGGUAGUAAAGAUCACUGACUUUGUUGGUAAUUCCAUUCUUAGCCCUAAGAAAGAUUUGUGGAUGUCCCCAGAACACCUACGUCAAGAUGGGGUUUCUCAGAAAGGUGAUGUCUAUAGCUAUGGCAUCAUAGCACAAGAAAUUAUCUUGCGGAAAGAUACAUUCUACACUGAACAGUGUCAUGAUCCCAAAGAAAAAAUGCUGAGAGUUCAGAAGUUUAAAGGAGAUUAUCCAUUUCGACCAGACCUUUACCUGGAUACAGCAGAAGAGCGGGAGAUAGAGGUGUAUGUUCUGGUAAAGAAUUGCUGGGAGGAGGAUCCUGAGAAGAGGCCGGACUUCAAGAAAAUUGAAAGCACCUUGGCAAAAAUCUUUAGCAACUUUCAUAAUGAGACAAAUGAGAAUUACAUGGACACCUUAAUACGGCGUUUGCAACUCUAUUCAAAAAAUUUAGAGCAUUUAGUGGAAGAGCGCACCAAGCUGUACAAAGCUGAAAGAGAUCGCGCAGACCGCUUGAACUUUAUGCUCCUACCUGGGCCUGUCGUGAAGUCCCUUAAAGAAACAGGAUUAGUGGAACCAGAAUUUUUUGAGGAAGUCACCAUUUACUUUAGUGAUAUUGUUGGAUUUACAACCAUCUGUAAAUAUAGCACACCGAUGGAAGUCGUAGAUAUGCUGAACGAUGUAUACAAGGACUUUGACCACAUUCUGGACCAUCAUGAUGUAUACAAGGUCGAAACAAUUGGAGAUGCCUACAUGGUGGUUAGUGGGCUUCCAAACCGAAAUGGAAAUAGGCACGCAGUGGAUAUAUCUAGGAUGGCUUUGGAUAUCCUUAGCUUUAUGGGCUCUUUUGAACUACGUCAUUUGCCAGGCUUACCUGUCUGGAUACGGAUUGGAGUUCACUCAGGACCAUGUGCUGCCGGUGUUGUUGGGAUUAAAAUGCCCAGAUACUGCCUAUUUGGAGACACUGUAAACACAGCUUCACGGAUGGAAUCUACAGGAUUGCCUUUACGAAUACAUGUAAGUAAAUCGACCAUAUCCAUUCUGAAAAGGACAGAUUGUGAGUUUCAGUAUGAAGUAAGAGGAGAGACUUUUCUCAAGGGUAAAGGCACAGAAACGACAUACUGGCUAACUGGGGAAAAGAACAAUAAGUACAACCUCCCUAUACCUCCAUCUGUGGAAAAUCAACAACGUCUGCAGUCUGAUUUUGCAGACAUGAUUAAGGAGUCUUUGAAAAAGAGAGAAGAUGAGGGAUUCAAUGACAGACCACUGACCCGUGUAGCAAGCUAUCGAAGUGGCACAUUGGAAUACCUGCAAAUAGCCACAAGCAGCCCACCCAGCACUUAUUUCUAACAGAAGGAUUUGCCCUAAACUGCACAAGGACAAUAGUUACUGAGUGGAGAUAAUGUCUCAUGUAAAAAAAAAAUAGCAUUGCUUUACUACUGUAUGACUUUUGUGAAAGUUAAAUGGAUAUAAAAAAAAAAAUCUUAGGUAGACGGGGCUGGAACACUCUAAACAUGCAACUGUCUGACAUCAAGUGGUAGGGAUGCUGUCACAAUAGUGCAGCAGAUCAUACUCUUAAGGAAGAAUUAUCACACUCUGGGGGUGAUGUAUCAAGCACUUGAGAAAGUGGAGAUAAAAUACCAACCAAUCAGUUCCUAAUUUUUCUAGCACAGUCUGUAGAUCUCUCCAAAGCUUGAUACAGCUCCCUCUGUCUUAUAUAAAACAUUUUUAAAUCUAUCCUAAUAUAACAUUAAUGCCAUAAAAUUAAAAUGCUUCUUAUACUUGCAAAAUUAACAAUGAUUAUGCAAAAAUGUUAUCUAGUUUAAGAAAAUAGGGAAUACAGUAAACUCCUUGAAUAAGGGGCAGAUUUAACAAUGAGUGAUGUUCUAGUUAUCACUUGUUACUAAUCUUCAAUGGUGCUCCAACCAAUCAGCUCCUAACUGUCAUGUGUUUGAAAAAUGACAGUUGCUGGAGCACCAUUUAAGACUAGUAACAAGUGAUAACAAGAUAUCACUUGUUGGUAAAUCUGCCCCAAACUGUCUUAUUUCCAUCAUC